AGUUGGAGAAUCUAAUCCUAGAGCAACAGGUAGUGUGGCACGUGCCGGUCCGCCGCCUUCCAUUUGAUACCAAGAGCUCCGAUUUCCAUAAACUACAGCAACAUAAAAACAAGACAAAAAGUAUGCUCUUAAUUCCGUCAUCCUCAAUCACAACCUUCUUCUCCAGAACGCUACUCAAUCCCAAUUCCCGCACCCUCCUCCGCACAAUGGCCUCCAAUUCCCACGCCUUCGCCGGUAACCCCAUACGAACCAAAACCCCCAAACCGACCGACCCCGUCUCUCCCCAAUCCGCGAUCCAAACCCUCAAAACCCUCCUGAUUUCGGGUCAAACCGGCCCCUUCUCGCCCGAUUUCAGAAUCCUGCCGUUCAGGAAGGGCAGGCCGCUGGCCGGGUGGACGACGGAGGGGCUCAAGUGGCAUCUCGGGUGGCUGAGCCUGGGCGAGUGCAAGGUCUACUUGGAGAAUUCCGAAGCGGCUCGGCUCGGCGACGACGCGUUCGUCUACUUGGGGUGUAGGAAUGAGAAUGGGGAUGAUGAUGUGGUGUAUUGGGCUGUGGAUGUGUCGGAGGUGAGUGAGCUGGUUAAUGAGCUGGGAGCGAGACAUUUUUGCUUUGUGGAGUUGAGGACUCUUAUGGUCGCCACUGAUUGGGCUGAUUCCACUGCCAUGGGUUACCUUGCUAUAGCAGGGCAUGCCCGAGCUUUGCUUGAAUGGCACAACACAGCACGCUUUUGUGGAUAUUGUGGAUGUGGAACAGUUUCUGCGGAGGCUGGGAGACGGAAACAGUGCUCAAACGAAUUAUGCAAAAAGAGGAUUUAUCCUCGUGUAGAUCCAGUAGUUAUAAUGUUAGUGAUAGAUAAAGACAAUGAUUGCGUCUUGUUAAGUAGGCAGUCAAGAUUUGUCCCACGCAUGUGGAGUUGUCUUGCUGGCUUUAUAGAGCCAGGAGAAAGCUUAGAAGAGGCAGUAAGGAGAGAAACAUGGGAGGAGACUGGCAUUGAAGUUGGUGAAGUUGUCUAUCACAGUUCUCAGCCAUGGCCUGUUGGAGCCGGCAGCAUGCCAUGCCAACUAAUGGUUGGUUUCUUUGCGUAUGCUAGAACACUCGAGAUCAAUGUGGAUAAGGAAGAGCUAGAAGAUGCUCAAUGGCAUAGUAGAGAAGAUGUGAAGAAAGCUCUCACUUUUGCUGAAUACAAAAAGGCACAGUUGACAGCAGCAGCUAAAGUAGAGCAAAUGUGCAAAGGGGUGGAAAAAGGGCAGAACUUAUCUGCAGAUUUCAACGUCGAAAGUGGGGAACUUGCUACUAUGUUUAUACCUGGGCCUUUUGCGAUUGCUCAUCAUUUAAUCUUAUCUUGGGUAAAUCAAGUUCCGGUUGAUGGUGUUGGGCCUCAGAAACAAGCUGCUGGUUCAAUAUCGAGUCUAUAAAUCUGUCUUGGUCAGCUGGGACAAUCAAUUGAUAGGGUAGUGUUGCAAUCAAGAAUGGUACCCUCUGCAACUUCCACUGAGGGUCCAGCUUCAUGAACUGUCUUCAAAGUCAAAUUUGGUGGAGAAUAUUAUAUGAGAAGGCGCCAGAAACAAGCAUCCUCUUGGUUAUGAUUGAAUUUUCACAAGCGUCAAUAACUUGGCUCAUUCAUAGUCACACAGCUGCUUGGUUUUCAAUGCCAAUUACAAGACAAGCGCAACGCAAGUGCAGCAAAACUAGCAAUUAAUGGUAUGUGGAAUCGUCUGUUUUGUAUUUUAUUAUUUUUUAAAUUUUAAUUAUUGGCGUAGGCAAUUCGUGCAAUAUUCCCUACUAAUAAAGUAUAUGCCUUGGAUACUAUUGCACACAGUAUAGAUGCAUUUUACUUUGUUAAUGUUGUAAUGUGGUGGUUAUAUGUAUGGAAAGUGCAUACUGAAGCUAAUUUAAAUUUGAUACAGUAGGGAUGUGGCCUUAUAAACAAAAGUUGUAACAUUUUAUAGCAAUGAAAUGCGCGAUUGUGUUGCUUUAA